AUGAAGCAAAGAGCCAAUCGCCGUCGUUCCCGUCUCCGGUCUUCUCCUGUCGCCGAUGUCCCGGUCUCUCCUUCUCCGGAGGUGGCUGUCUCAUCCUCUGUGGAUGCAUCUGCGCCAUCUGCAGUCGCCACAUCACCCAGUCGAGUUGUGUCUCCUACUCCUGAUCCUAGUGUGGCUAUGGCUAUUGUUUCGGUUUUUCCUACCGUCGCAGAGUCAUCUCCAUCGCCGUCCCUUCCCGAGGUGGUGACUGUGUCUGUUCCUACCGUCAGUCCCUCGGACAAAGUACUCCAUGCCCGUCCACCUUCUUCUGUUGGUAAGUCCCCUAAACGCAUUACUCGUUCCUCUGCUGAGUCUGCACCCUCCCCUGUUCCAUCCUCUCCAUUGCCGACCCCAACCACACCAUCUAUUCCUCCUCUUAAGUCGUCUGUUAAGCCGUCCUUAACCACAAACACCAAGACUCGGUCUGUCUCUAAACCCAAACCCAAACUCCCAGCCCCACCCAGACCAGCACCCCAACCCCAACUCACACCGGUACCUUAA